UAUUGACAUUGAAUGCAAACACAAUUGAGUUAUAUUCAAAUCCAAUUAGUAAACAUUACCACUGGGAAAUUGUUGAAGUCAGCAUCAUGGAUGCGGAGCAGCUGAAACGACUGGAGCGUAAAGAAACCGUGAACAUCGCUGACAUACUUACCCAGUUUAAUACAAAGAAUGCGGAUUUGCUGGUCUUUGAUAGCUUUCAUACCGACAAUCUGUGGCACGAUCUGUGGCUGGCCAUAUUUGGAAUACUCGAUGACGCGACUUUAGCAUCGAUGCACACCCUAUGCCUCAACACUGUGCGCAUUUUAACCCGAGACGAGUUCAGCCUGCAGACGCACUACAUUGAACAGGAGCUGGGCACACUUUUAUCGCUGGCCCGAAUCAAUGCUAACAAAAACAGCAACGGCACCGACGAUGAAACACAGCCGCAACUAACUCUGAGCGAUGCCGAGGCAGAUGUUAUUGCCGAAUCUUUGAAAUGUAUCUGCAAUUUGGUUUAUCAAAGCGCCGACUGUCGUCGCCAGUGUCUGCGUCAGCACAGCCUCGACGCGAUUGUGAAGCGUUUGAGCAGCGCUACAUCGUGUGCGACGCGCUAUCCGUGCACCUUGGAAUACUAUGAUAUGAAGCUAUUGUUUCUGCUCACCGCACUGGAGCCAUCAGCGCGCACACGCCUACAAAUUGAUCUCAAUGGACUGACCUAUAUGACCAACUGGCUAGACGACAAGUUGAUCGAGUCGGCUACGACAGCUGGCACUGAGGAGCAUCUGAACAUUAUCUGCGAGCUGCUCAAGGUUAUGUUUACCGUGACCAGUGCACCGGACAAGAGUCCUAACGAAUACGAAAUUCAAAGUCUUCACUUGACUGGCGUGCUACGCGAGCUGCUGUUGCGCUUCGGCAAUCUUUCCACGGAUCGGGAGCGUGCUGUUGUCACGCAUGCCAUCAACUUGCUGACCAACAUCUCUAGCAGCUGCCUAACCGAGCUAAUGGUCAAAUGCAGCAAUGCCGAAACGGGGACAGAGAAUGAAGCAGUUAGUGCCAACGCGAAGUGUUGCGCUGUCUGCUUUGAGAAGCGCAACGUGCGCGGUCUGGCCGUGCUAUUGGACUAUCUGCGAAGUGGACUCGCCCAGCAGGAGUCCGAGGCUAGUUCCCAUGAGCUGCUAUCGCCAGUGCUAACGGUGCUUGUGAAGUGUGCGCGCAGCAAUCGCACCAUGCGACACUAUUUGCGAAAGGAGAUAUUGCCGCCGCUGAAGGAUGUCAGCAAACGGCCAGAGAUCGGCAAUGAGCUGCGCAAUCAUCUCUGCCGCUUCCUCACACUGCCGGCAAUGAUCCUACGUGACCUGUCCGCUGAGCUGCUGUUUGUGCUCUGCAAGGAGGAUGUUGGUCGCAUGAUCAAAUACACGGGUUAUGGCAAUGCGGCUGGGCUGUUCGCUAAGCGUGGCGUGCUCGACUGCCGGCGCAUUGACGGCGCCGACUACUCAUCGGACAGUGAGGACAGCGACACAGAGGAGUAUAAGCAGCAGCAGCAAUCCUUCAAUCCAGUGCUGGGCUGUGUCGAGCAGCCCAAGCGCAAUCCGCUCGAGGGCAUGUCCGAGGAGCAGAAGGAAUACGAGGCGCUGCAAUUGGUCAACUUGCUCGAACAGCUGCGCAGGGAUGGCAUCGUGCAGCCAGCACUAAUUGACAAGGAUGGCAAGCCGCAGCCACUGGAGCAUAUACUGCAGCUGCAGGAGGAGCUGCCGCAGCAGCAGCUCGAACAGAAGCGCAAAACCUAAACAUUGGACGACAUUCCGAUCCUUCGUUUCUUCAACAUGCAAUACAAUCGUUUGGGGUCUUCCAACUUGUGGCACCAGCAUGGAUAACUCCAAUCCAUUCUCUUUUAUACGAACACAAUCUAUGGCCGUUAAUUCCAGUACACAUUUACUAAGCUAACACUAAUAGGGCCAACAUUCAGAGCUAGAUUCAGACGAAGACAUUCUGAACCCGCAACGACUUUGUAACUGAAAAUUUCGUCAUUUAACCUAACUGUAUUUAUUACCGCUUAAGCUCAAUGUCAAAAUAAAAACAAAAAGGAAGUAUAUGGAAAACCAGACCUAAGAAUUAAUAGCAAAAACCAAAAAUAGUAACAUUAAUAUUUCGAU